UGUGCCGGGGCUGCUGUCGUCAGAGCUAUUCCCUGUACUAGGAUGUGUGAGGAGAGCGCUCUCCGCCAGUACUAGUGCUGCCUACCGCUACUCCUGUCAGCUGUCCGUCCUUUUCUCUACUAUAUUUCCAGCCAGGAAUGAGAAGCGAUGUCCGGGUCAUCCAACGAGGAGAAAAACUGCCGCCGCUUUCUGGAGCUUUUCCUGGGGGAGUUCCGGGGACCGUUCGGGGAGGAGGACCCCAUUCCGUUCCGUCCGCUGUCCGACCAUGUCACCCCGGAGGAGGUGGAAGGGGAAUGCCUGGACCUGUGCCUGCAACAACUCUGCAAAUAUAAUUGCCCAUCUUUCCUGGCUGCUGCUCUGGCGAGGGCAACGGCGGAUGAGAUCUUGCAAACUGACCUAUCGGUAUACUAUCUGCCAAAACAUGUAGAUGGCACAGAAGGAAUCAUACAGCUAGAGUCGGUAAAGCUGGCACGGGCUGUUCUCAGCAAGCUUCAUGAAAUCUGCUGUAGCUGGGUAAAAGACUUUCCUUCGUUCCGAAAGCCACACUUGUACUAUGAUACCUCCAUACAUGCAAUCAAGAAUAUGCGACGCAAGAUGGAGGAUAAGCAUGUCUGCAUUCCUGACUUUAACAUCCUCUUCAACCUAGAGGACCAAGAGGAGCAAGCUUAUUUUGCUGUAUUUGAUGGGCAUGGAGGAGUAGAUGCUGCCAUCUAUGCCUCACUUCACCUACACGUUAAUUUAGUACGUCAAGAGGUAUUCCCCCAGGACCCAGCAGAAGCCUUGUGUCAAGCAUUCCGCAUUACAGAUGAAAGCUUUGUAAAGAAAGCAGCCCGAGAGAAUCUCCGCUGUGGUACAACAGGUGUGGUGACCUUUAUUCGUGGAAACAUGUUGCAUGUGGCUUGGCUGGGAGACUCCCAAGUAAUGCUGGUACGGAGGGGACAAGCAGUGGAACUUAUGAAGCCACAUAAACCAGACAGAGAGGAUGAAAAACAUCGCAUAGAGGCCUUGGGAGGUUGUGUGGUCUGGUUUGGGGCAUGGAGAGUUAAUGGAAGCCUGUCUGUCUCCAGAUCUAUUGGGGAUGCUGAGCAUAAGCCAUAUAUUUGUGGUGAUGCAGAUUCCGAUUCUGUCGUCCUUGAUGGUUCUGAAGAUUAUCUCAUUCUCGCUUGUGAUGGUUUUUACGAUACAGUUAUCCCUGAAGAGGCAGUAAAAGUUGUAUCUGACCAUUUAAAGGAGAACAAUGGUGAUAGCAGCAUGGUUGCCCAUAAGUUGGUUGCAUCAGCUCGUGAUGCUGGCUCCAGUGACAACAUCACAGUUAUUGUGGUGUUUCUUCGGGACUUUAAUGCACCAUCUGACACAGCUGAGGAUAACAACAAAACAGAGAGAUCGUUCGAUGGCGGACAGGAAGACAAUGGAGAUGAUAAAGAAAAUCAAGGGGACUGCAAAGGAUCAUGGCCACUCCAUCAGUGUUCAGCACCGGCUGACCUAGGCGGUUAUGAAAGUCGAGAUUCUUUCACAGACAGAACUAGUUUAAACUUUGGUCCUGGUAUACAGGUUUUAGAGAAACAAGACUAUUUAGACCCGUUACAUGGAGGAACUGGUAAGCCACAUAGUGCCAAAUGCUUGCCAUGCUCCCAAGUAUCCAGAGCUAGCUCACCAAAGAGAGCCAAUGGAAGCAAGGAUUCUGUGAAAAAGGAGCCUUUAGAAAGGCCUCCUUCUCAUGGAGAGAAAGAGUGUGAUGAAAGAAGUGUUUCAAAUACUGGCUUGGGAUAUGUGAAUAUCUUGAUGCCCCAAACUGAAAGCAUUAUCUCCUCUCAGGAGCUAAAGGAUGAAUGUUUGGAAGUGGUGGUGAAUGGUCCAACUUUUAUAUCUACUUUACGCUUUAGAAAAAGGAAAGGUGGGACUAAGGCCAAGCCAAGCUUUUCAAAGCUUCUAUAUUCCCAAAAGCCUUCUCACAAAGCACGGUCCACUUUAUCAAUGCCAGUGCAGCACAUUGGUAAACGUAGGAUAUCGGUACAUUGCCCUGUAGCUUCUAGGAAAAAUAGUGUUAGAGCCCAUUUGAUGAAUAGAGCAUUGCUUAAGGAGAGCAAUUGUAUAUCACUGGCAGACCUGCAUAGGACCUAUCAAGUGUAAAGGAAAAUCUAAAUUAUUUUGUGUGUUAUAUAACUGUAGUGCUCCAGUGAAUUAGGUUAGAUAGAUCCAGAAUUUAAUGGCAUCCUUCUCCUAUCUUAAUGUGUUGAUCUUACCCCAAACAGUACACAGUGUGGUACUCAAUUUUCAUAAAAAUUGACAUUUCCACAAUUGUCUGAGGUGCCAGUUUGAUUCUAUUGAUACUAGAAGGCAUAACUGCUGCCAUGUUUGUAUCACAUUUAAACAUUUUCCUAACCACAUGCAGCAAUUAGGAGAGGGACAAUGUUGAUUAUACUAAAAAAGAGAAUACAGUUUGUGCCCUUUGCGGUGAGCAGUUAAUUAGUGACUUUACGCAGUGCCAGAACCACAGUGUAACCUAUAUUAAAUGUAGUACAAAUUGUGUUGACACCAACCAAAAAUGUCUUGUGUGUGAGUCUCUAAGUUUUAAUGAGUACCCCUGUGUUGUUACGAUCCUGGCCAUUAGCAAAAAAAAGGUCCUAUGCUCAAUGCCUGCUGAUCCUUAUGAAGGUUUAAGUCUACAGCACUAACUAGAUUAGUUCCAGCAAUUGAUAGAUCAGGUCAACCAAGAGAUUACACCAGAUAAUCAUACAGUGAACAAUGUGGAUGUCACU